GCCCUAAUCCAUCAGCCGUUCUCUCGCCUUUUCAUCACAGUCGCGCCUUCCAUCCCAGCUCUCUCAUCACGCCUUCCAUCCCAGCUCUCUCAGCCGUUCUCUCGCCUUCCAUCACAGCUCUCUCAUCACGGUCUCGCCCUUCCAUCACCGGUCGCGCCUUCCAUCACAGCUCUCUCAUCACACCGUUCUCUCGCCUUCCAUCUCAGCCGUUCUCUCGCCUUCCAUCACAGCUCUCUCGUGGUUUCGUCCUUCCAUCACCGGUCGCGGCCUUCCAUCACCGGUCAACGAUUCGAACUUCUUCAAGUGAAAGCUUGAACCAUCACUCUCUCUGUCUUCCUAUUCCCAACCCAACUAUUCCUAUUCCAGACAUCAUCUAAGUAGAUUUUGAAGCAAUUCAGCUUCGAGUGCGUAGGGGAAGAAGUGUCGUCAUCAAGCCGGGAAUACGGAAACAGCCAAAGCAGUAAACAAGAUCAGGAGGAAAUAAUCGAUUGUAGCUUGGAUUAUUGGAACAAGUUUUGUCGUUGAUUAGUCUGAUUUCGUUUUUCAGUGUGACCACUAUAAUUCAGUCUUUGUCUCGGUUUCCUUCACAUUAGCAAUCAAGAAGGGGAUAAUUCGCAUUUGAUUAGCUAAUAUUCUUUGAAGAAGGAUAAAUAAUAAGCUGACAAUGAAACGAACGGUUAGUGAAGUGGAAAAAGUGAGCGAACAAAAUACUGAAGCUUCAACUUCAAAAUCAUCCCAACCACCGCCGAAGAAGAGACGGGGCCCGACACGAUGCAAGAAUGUUGUAAACGCAACAACCUUAUUACCAUUAAGGGUUAAUAAGUUUGGACAGCCGAUCAGCCGUGGAAGUGGUACAUAUACUAAUUAUUUGGGAACACUUGCCCGGAAUGCUAAAUUGGCUCCUAUGUGCUACAAAACUUGGUGGGAGAUGCCUAAACAGCUGAAGAAGGAUAUGUGGAAUGUUAUAAAGGGAAAGUAUGAUAUGGGAAUCCUGUCAAAACAUUAGACAAUAUCCUCUAUCAGAAAAAAAAAAAUGGAGGGGCUACAAGUGUGAAUUAAAAAGUGAAUAUUACUCGGUUAGGGAUACAGAUGCAGAAAGAUUGGCAAACCCACCACCUAAUGUUGAAAAGGAGCAUUGGGAAUUUUUGGUUAGGCAUUGGGGUACACCUAUUGCGAAGGAGGUCAGUAAAAAAAACAAAGAACGUCAUGGGAAGCAGACAAUAAUGCAUACUACAGGGACAAAAAGCUUUGCACGUGUUUCUGCCGAGAUUGAGGAAGACGAAGGUAUUCAGCUUUCUUGUGCAGAUUUAUUCAUUCGCACACAUGUAAAUAAGGAUGGCAAAGCCACUGAUGCUACUGCUUCGGAGAUGAUUGAAAACAUAAAAGAACUUCAAAAAAGUUACUCUGACUCGCCUAUUGGUAGUUCUAAUGAUUUGUUCUCCAUUGUGAGGGGAGAAGAGAGAACUGGUCGUGUGCGGAUGCUUGGCUUUGGGCCUACACCAAGCGAUGUUUAGGGGCCCUCUCCUAGUAAAACUGAAUUGAUUAAUAAUGCGAAAAAAUCUGAUGAAGAGGCACAUGCUGCACCUGUAGAGUUGUAGGAGACCAUUUAAAAAAUGCAAGCUGACUAUGACAACAAGUUGGAAAAUUUACAAGCCAACUAUGAUGACAAGUUGGAAAAUUUACAACAAUAGGUGGCUAUGCUAAUGCAAAUGCAACAACAAAAUUGUAGUGGACAGGUAUAUUUAUUAUUAGUUUUAUUCUUUACUAAAUAUAUGUUUACUUGUACCAAGAUUUUAUGUAUUUUGUUUUCUUAUUUUGAAGGGUUCUGAUUUGUUAAAUGCUCCUCCUAGAGUAUCCCCAAAUUCAUUAUCUAGUCGUGAUGCCAAUUCAAUUAAGGUUAUGAACUUUUAAUUUCUUUUAUAUAUAUGUUAAAUUUUCAUUUAUUAUAAUGUGUGCGUAAUGAAUUUAUAGAAAAUGUAGGGUAAUUCAAAUCAAAUGGGCAAGAAGACUUGUUGAAGUUGAAGAUAGGGUCGUGACUGUGCUUUUUGAAUUUCGUUCGCCUUGGAUGGGUUCUUUUUGAAAAACUUGUACUACAUUUGUCAAAAAUUGUUAAUUCUUUUUGUCUGACAUUUAGUAGCUUUAUUUAGACAAUUUGGAUGGCAGGUUAACUUGUGGUUGUAUUAGUAUACAUUUUUGCUUUUUGGUUGACAUUUACCAGCUUAACUUGUGGUUGUAUUAGUAGCCAAUUUUGAUGGUAAUUUUCAUAUUGGCAGGGUUAACUUGUGGUUGUAUUAUGUAAAAAUAAUUUGGAUGGUAUUUUUAUA